UGUUGUGUGAAGUGAAUAUGUACGCAUAUAUUUAAGCAAAAAUAUGCGUAGAUUGUUCUAUCUUAUGCGUUUGAAGUGAGGAGUUACUUCAUGUAAUGAAACAGAAAAUGUCGCAUUUUGAUGCAUUCCGUGUGUAUUUGACUUACAAGAGUCAAGAAAAUCAAAAAGUGACUACAUUUUCCAACAUUUGGUUCUUCUUCAAUUUGUUUAUCAUGAUACUUACAACACUCACCGCUGUUGUCUUCUUCAGGAAAGUAGAAAUUGCUUCUGAAUUCUUCAUGAGACAUGAGUAUAUCGUACUUGCUAUUUUAUCACUCGGGGUCUUUCUACUACUUAUCCUGCUAUUCGUGACGAAAAUUCAUUCGGACCCCAUCACUGCGCCUCUGAUUCUCAGAACUGUGCUUGUCCUGUGGUCUGUGGCUUUCGCUGCUGUAUUCAAUCCUGUUGAAUUUCCAUGUGGAGUGAUAUCUCUGAUUAUAACAUCACUGAUUACACUCAUUAUUAUAGUGUUGGCUUUGAGAUUGCCACCGCUGAAUCGGAAAGGGGUUGUUUUCUUCGUGGCUUUGGCACUCAUUCUUGCUCUUAUUGCAGCAAUUGGAAACGUUAUGUGUUACUUGAGCACAAAAGAGUUCAUUAAAUUGGAAAAUAAUCUGAUAUUCUGUAUCCCUGGAACAGUUUACACUGGAUUAUUUAUAGCUUUUGUGAUGUUCAUCUGUCUCAGUGUCCGACGAUGGAUAAUGCCGAUAUUUUAUCCUAAUUCCAUAGAAUUUAUUCUAUCCUUCACUGUUUGGUUUUUAAUGAUAAGCCUAUUCAUAGAAGUGUAUACAGGAUUCAUAACAGAAGAGAUUAAACUCAAUGCAACCAUAAUUAAGGCGACCUGUUUAAACAUAAGUUUACCAAAAAUUUCUCCUUUUUCAUGUCGUGUUUACAAUUAAACAAAACCAAAUACCCGGAUUCUUCUUCCAUCUGUGAGUUUAACUGAAUUAUUUCGCCUAAUUCGUAUCAUAUUGUCAAUGAUUUCAGAUUUCCAAUUGUCUAAUUCAAUGAACCUGUUGUCUUUCUCUGAUUUCAUGUGUACUCAACGUGUUCAUUCAUUAUGUUCUAUUCAUUGUGAAAAUCUCAAUAACAAGUGGGAUUAUUUUCGAAUUGUUGUUUUUUUUCGAACUGUGGUGUGUCUUAAAUGUUCUUUGAAAAAUGUGAUAAAUAUAUAUCAAGAUUAUUUUCCUUACAUCGGAAAAUGACAAAUACAUUUUGAAAGUGUGGAAACGGUUUUUUUUGAGC